AACUGCUACUUAAUAUUCAGCUCCAGUCACCAAUGUAGUUUGUGGACACAAUGAGCUCUUUGGUAUGCCAAGACACAGACGUCUUCUCCACCGUGACAUUGCAGUAUGCAGCCAGGAUAACAUACGUAUAGCUUUUCUUACUGAAUCACCGAAACCCAAGGGAGAAACUGCACCAAGGCUGGUGCAGUUGAGAAGAAGAAACUGACGAGAAGAAACUGACCUGCUGCAUGCGGCACAGAAUCAUAACACCUGUGAAGGACACACCGCUCUCUGUCUGGGUCUCAGAAGCAGGAACUAUCUGAAGAAAGCUGAGUCUCCUGGAACCUGUACAGCCUGACCACUUCGUUCCCCUACAUUUUGUGUUGCUAAAGCAGCCCUUGCUAAUCCAAAGAACUAGAAGACGAAUCAAUCUCUCCCCCAGAACAUAAACAACAUUUUCUGCCUGAGUUAAUGUUUGUUCAAACAACUAAGAAAGAAUAAGCCUCAGCCUUUACAUUUUGUGGAUUCUGCAUGCUCCACAAAGCUUAAAUCUUUGGCAAACAGGAGGAUUUCUUCUUGCAAUAUUGGCUAAAGUUCAUGGACAGUAAGAAUGGGCUCACUUAAAAAUGGUAACACCAGAAAUGAGUUUCUGAACAAAGAUGAGCUGUUACGCAUAUUCCGCAAGGGCAUGUCUCUUCAUGUGAAACCAGAUCUGACAGCUACAGAAGAACAAUGGUUUCAAAGGCUGCUCCCUUCCUACCCCGGUUUCCGUGGCAACCGCCCGGACUCCCCCAACCGCGCGCCUGCUGCGGAAUCGCUCCGUAGCAGCAGAAGCGGACGGUCGCUGCUGCCGGAGUCUCUGCUCCUGCGGUCGCUGUUGCCGGAGCCUGCUUCCUCCUCCUCCUCCUCUUCCUCGACGCCGCCACCGCCGCCGAGCAUGGAGCUGCUGGCCGCCGCGCUCAGCGCCGCUUGCGCCCUGGAGCAGGAAGGCGCCGCCGAAAGCCUGCCCGGGACCCGCCAGGAGGACAGCAACUCCCCUUCCAUGGCUGGACCAAUGCCUCUUCCGGAAGAGAGUCCUGGGCAUCCUGAUGGCCCACCUGUUUUCCCCGAGGCGCUGCAAAUGAUUCACCCCAUGACAGCUGACUCCUGGAAAAACUUCAUUGAGCAAAUAGGUCUCUUGUAUCAAGAAUAUCGGGAUAAAUCUACUCGACAAGAGAUUGAAACCAGGAGACUGCAAGAUUCUCAAACAGAUACUGAAGAGGGCUCAGCUGGUGAAGAGGCGCCAUCAGAAACUGAACCUACAGAUGCCAUUGAGAGCAAGGCAGUUCCCCAGAUCAACUUGCUCAGGAAUCCCAACUCAAGGUUUAACUUAUGGCAGGAUCUUCCUGAAGUCAGAAGCAGUGGCGUUUUGAAUAUCCUCCAGCCAGAUGAGAUCAGACUUCAAGAGGCCAUGUUUGAACUGGUCACUUCAGAAGCAUCAUACUACAAGAGCCUGAAUUUGCUGAUAUAUCAUUUCAUGGAAAAUGAGCGAUUGAAAAAGAUUCUACAUCCCUCAGAGGCUCACAUCCUGUUUUCCAAUGUCAUGGAUGUUAUGGCAGUCAGUGAACGAUUCCUUUUGGAUCUUGAGAAACGGGUGGAAGAGAACAUUGUGAUCUCAGAUGUCUGCGACAUUGUUUAUCGUCAUAUCGAAAAUUUCUCGGUGUAUGUCACCUACGUCUCCAACCAGACUUACCAGGAGAGAACUUACAAGCAACUUCUCCAGGACAAGCCAGCAAUCCGGGAGGUGAUCUCACAGUUGGAACUGGACCCAAAAUGCAAAGGCUUACCUUUCUCAUCAUUCUUGAUUCUGCCUUUUCAGAGGAUCACUAGGCUGAAGCUGCUAGUACAGAAUAUCCUGAAAAAAGUAGAAGAAAAAUCUGAACGAGAAAUCACUGCGCUUGAAGCUCACAAGGAACUGGAAACAGUGGUGAAGGCCUGUAAUGAAGGUGUUAGAAAGAUGAGCCGCACAGAACAAAUGAUCAGCAUCCAGAAGAAAUUAGAAUUUAAGAUUAAGUCUGUGCCCAUCAUCUCUCAUUCCCGUUGGCUAUUAAAGCAGGGAGAACUUCAGCAGAUGAAUGGUCCCAAAACAUCGCGUACCCUUCGCACAAAGAAACUCUUCAGGGAAAUCUACUUGUUCCUCUUCAACGAUUUGCUAGUGCUCUGCAGACAAAUUAAUGGUGACAAGUACCAGGUCUUUGACUCUGCUUCCCGAGGUCUUCUCCGAGUGGAAGAGUUAGAGGACCAAGGACAGAGCUUGGCCAAUGUAUUUAUCCUGAGGUUGCUGGAAAAUGCGGAUGAUCGGGAAGUGAGUUACAUGCUGAAGGCAUCUUCUCAAAGUGAAAUGAAGCGCUGGAUGAUCUUGUUGGCCCCAAAUCGGCGAACCAAGUUCGUUUCCUUUUCAUCUAGGAUGAUGGAUUGCCCUCAAGUACAGUGUGUCCAUCCAUAUGUGGCUCAACAACCUGAUGAGCUCUCACUAGAACUGGCUGAUGUACUGAACAUUCUGGAAAAGACAGAUGAUGGUUGGAUAUUUGGGGAACGCUUGCAUGAUCAAGAGAGGGGUUGGUUCCCCAGCUCUAUGGGUGAGGAGAUUAUGAACCCCAAGAUUCGGUCUCAGAACUUGAAAGAGUGCUUUCGGGUGCACAAGACAGAUGACAGUCAACGGAGGAAGAUGAGCAGCAAGAACAGACAGUGAUCAUUGCACACAGUUAUAUGUUCUUCAUCGAAAGCAAUUUAUACGGCAGAGGCUGUGACAAUGGGAUUCAAUAUGCAGAAGGAGGCAUACAGAUGCCAACUGUUGACAUUGAGGCUUCCCACUUUCCAACUUUGUGGGCUUCUUUGCAUAUUUGACACAGCGUGGAUAAUAAUACCAGAGACACAUUUGAAAGGAGGGGAGGCUGCCGUGUGCCUGUACAGAUGUAGGAGCUGUAAAAUAUUUUUCCUUGUGUAUUAUGAACUCCAAAAUGUGUUAAUUUGUCAGUUCUGCAUGGUGAAGAAACAAUGGGCACUGAACAACUGGAAAAACUGUGUCAAAUCUCAGGAGGCUAGUGGCUUGAUUCUGCAAUGUUCCAUCCAACAGUAGAACCAAGUGGUGUAUUUGAUUGUCUAGUGGGAAAAUAGUGUCUGGAAUAUUUGGAAGACAAA